AGUGUGCUGUGUUGCGUAGAAUCACACGAUAACCUAUCGCCUCGUAUCAAAUUGUAAUUCUUACGAGGGAAAUUGUGCACUGAAUUUUUGCAAAGUCGAGAUAGUUUGGGCUAUUACUGACACAUAAUGCUACGUGUUGGAGCGAAAGUAAUCCGUGCUGGUCUGGAGGCCAGGGGGUUUGCCAGUGCAGCUGCCUCACCGGCAUUCAAAGUUCAGGACAAUAAAGAUUUUAAUGAGAGAGUUAAAAACUCCAAGGUGCCCGUUAUCAUCGACUUUUUUGCAACGUGGUGCAAUCCUUGUCGUAUGUUAACGCCGCGCUUGGAGUCUGUUAUUGAGGAAAAGCAGGGGAAAAUUCUGUUGGCUAAAGUUGACAUUGAUGAGAACACAGAUCUUGCUCUUGAUUAUCAGGUCGAGUCAGUACCAGUUCUCAUUGCAAUGAAGGAUGGGAAGGUUCUCGAACGUAUGGUAGGCCUCCAGGACACAGACAAACUACGAAAAUUCGUCGAUAAAUAUGCAGACUCAUAGUUAUUAAGUUACUCACAAUAUAGUACGAUCUAAAUAGCCAAAAAACAUUUUCAAACAGCAAUUUAUUUCGUUGUACAGAACCAUUUACAUAGUCCCUUUAUAUCCAGAAGAUUUCUCGUUGUAAAUUAAUCGUUGGGAUAUUUCAUGAGAGGUGAAUAUACAAAAAAGAUUUAAAAUAUGAAAACUUGGAAAUUUUUAUUAAAUAAAAUAUUUUGGAUUUGAGACUA